AAGCAGACCCCUUUUAGGGGGAUUUGGACAAAAAAAAAACAUUCAAAGUCUAGUCUUUAAUUUUCUCUCUCAACUUUCUCUCUCUCAGAAAAAUGGAGUUAGCAUUGAGUUUGGGAAACAGGGGUGUAGAGAGUAACAGUGUGGGUUACUGCAUGGGAUCAUCAAGAUUAACGGCUGAGAAAGAGGAAGAUGAUGAUCAGAGAGAAAUUAACGGUGGAAAUUCAUCGUCCUCGUCAGAUCCAUCAAGGCUUCAGCUUGAUCUGCUACCUUUGUCACCUGUUCCGCGUUCUAUUCAACCACCUCCUCCUCUUCGCUUUCCUUGGCUUACUGAUAAUUUGAGUUCUGAACCGGGUUCAUCAGACGGACCGGGAUCAAAAAUCAUGGAACCGAACCGGCGGCCCGCGGUGGAGACUACACCGGAGGAAGUGGAGGAACAAUCGUCUCCGAACAGCGGAACGUCGUCGUUCAUGGAGUUUUCUCUAUAUACUAGUAAUAGUAAUAAGAGAGGAAAUGAAAAUAAUAACAAUAAUUAUGGUCAAGAAAUGAUAGGGGCAACAACGUCAAAGGGAAGUGAUGAUGAAGAGAAUGGAUCCACUCGGAAAAAGCUUAGGCUUUCUAAAGAACAAUCGGCUUUUCUUGAAGAGAGCUUUAAAGAGCACCAUACUUUGAACCCUAAGCAAAAACUUGCAUUGGCUAAGCAACUCAAUCUUCGGCCUCGUCAAGUGGAAGUUUGGUUUCAGAACAGACGAGCCAGGACGAAGCUGAAGCAGACAGAGGUAGAUUGCGAGUAUUUAAAGAGGUGCUGUGAGACGUUGACAGAAGAGAACAGGAGAUUACAAAAGGAGCUUCAGGAAUUAAGAGCCUUGAAAACUUCACAGCCUUUCUACAUGCAACUUCCUGCUACUACUCUUACUAUGUGCCCUUCUUGUGAGCGUGUGGCCCCUACUUCUACUACUACUACGUCCACCGCCACCGUCGCUGCUCCUGCUCCUGCCCCGGCUACCCCUACCUCCGUUGUUGCUAAGCCCACCACUGCUGUUACUGUCACGACUAAUAGCACCACCGCUGCUUCGGGGGAUAAUACUAGUACUAAUAAUGGUGAUGAUAAUAAUGUUACUUUGUCUCUUGGUAAGCCUAAGGUGGCCAUGUUGCCCUUUUCUAACGGUAAAGCUCAUCAGGCUGCUUCAUGAGAUCUUGUAGUGGCUAUUUUAAGCCUCUUUUUUUCAUGUACAAAAAACGAGAGGGUUUUUUUUUUUUUUUUUUUUUUUUUUUUUUUUUUUUUUUCUAUCUAGAAAUGUUUUUUUGGUUGGAUUCUUUUAAAUUGUGAUGAUGAUAGCUUCAAUAUUGUUUGUUGCUUGA